AUGAAGUUCUCUGCUGCGAUUAUCACUCUUUCGGCCGGUUUGGCCACUGCGACGCCUGUCUUUCGCAGCCCUGCGCCUGGUCGCCAUGUCUCGCGAUCUAUCAAGAAGCGACAGGUUCCCCAGGAACAUUCUCACGACAUUGUCUUGACCAUCACCGGCGAGAUGCUCAGACUCAACAACCCUAAGGAGAUUCAGGACCCUAUUUUUGGCCUCUUGGGUGAUGCAGCUGCAAAGGAGGGUGCAGGCAGCGUCACCAACCUCGCUUGUUUGAAGCAGGAGACUGCUGAUCAAGCUUUUACCAACGCUAAGGAGAUUGGUGAUCUGCGUGGUAUGGCUGGUGCACUGCUCUUCCAGGCUAUUGAGCGCAACACCGCUGGUGUUGGUGUUGCUAGCAAGCUGUGCGAUGAGGCAGCUGUCAACCCUGAGAUUGGUGCUCUUACACAGCACCAGGAUGCUGCUUCGACUGGCGCCGGUGCUAUCAACAAGGCUGUUACUCUUGAGCUGGCGAAGCAGCUGGCUGGCAUUGGUGCUGACCCCAACUUGGCUCUGCUGAGUGGUACUUUCGCACCUGGAGACACCAGUGAUACCACCGGAAAGGGCAACUCCUGUGACGAGGAGGAACCUGACCUAGGCUGCAUCUUCUCCCAAGGCCUUCUUGUUCUGGACGCGACGCCGGAUGAGAUCUCCUCUGCCGUCGCUGAUGUCAAACCUACAUUCACCGGAACAGGCGGCAUCUUCGCUACUGACCUGGUUGACCUUGCUUCAUUCUCUGUUGCAUCUGGCACCGAGGUCGCUGAUCUUGCUACCAUCGUCAACGGAGCCGCAUCCGGCGCCGCAUCAGCCACUGGUGCUGCAUCCGCUACCGACGCCGCCAAGGCCACUGGCACCGCCGAGGCACCCGCUGCUACCAACACUGGCAAAGCUGCCGAGAACACAGCUGGUGCUGGUGCCGGUGCUGGAAAGGGCUGCAAAGCCAAGUCAAAGACCGCCGCCAGCGCAACCCUAACUCCCCUCCCCAGCCGCACCUCCGGCGCUAAUGCCAAGGCCACCGGCGCCGCCAACAAUGCUCAGGGUGUGAACGUCCAGACCUUCACUGGUACACUGGGCGGCGCACCUCCCCCCGUCAUCUCCUCAAACGCCGAGAAGCCUUUCUCUGUCAACGGAAACACAUUCAACGGUGAGAGUGUUGCUCUUGGUCGAUCUUGUGAUAUUCAGCAUAAUGCUUGCGCGGAUGCUGCCAACUCUGGUCAGCUUUCGGGAGGUGUUGGACAAUGUGAGACUCAGUUGGCUGCUUGUCGCGCUGCUAUUCAGUAA